AUGGAUCUUAACGACUCUUAUUGUAAUAAUUCACCAGAAUCCCAAGACCUUUUACAAGAUACGUUUGAUAGCAAUAUAGCCAGUUCGAGCACAGGCGUUACUUCCUUUUCUUUAGUUACUAGAAAUAGAAAACCAUCUGUAGUUACACUAUAUUUUCCAAAAAAAAAUACGACUGAUAUUAAUUCUCCAGUUAUUUGUGUUAUUUGCAAAAAUGAAUUCAGCAAAAAAACAUCAACGGGCACAUUAUGCAAGCAUCUUGAUACACAACACCCAGGUGGAGUACGAUUUAAUACUUUAUUGGCUGAGUGGAUUGUUUCAGAUACCUUACUCUUUUCAACUGUUGAAAGUAAAGCAUUAAUUGCUUUGUUACACUUUCUUAAUGCCACUCUUGAGUUACUUUCACGUGAAACUAUCAAGUCAAUUAUACAAAACUCUUUUAUUUCAAUGAGAAGUGAUGUUCAAGCCCUUUUUAGGCAAAUUUUUAUCGAUAUGUGCAUACUACUGCAUCCACAUAACGGUGAAGAUAUUGAAACAAAACUAGAAUCUAUUUUAGCAACUUUUAAUAUUACUACGAAGAUUAUUUGUGCAACUACGGAUAGUGGAUCUAAUGUUAUUUCUGCAAUUCAUUUAUUAAACAUGCAUUUAUCUAUGCAAAAUUUUUAUUUUUAUUCACGUUGUUGUCUUGCACAUGUUCUGUAUCUCAUUGUUAUGGCAGGAAUGACACCAAUUAAAACAUCAAUUGAAAAAGUAUAUAGAUUUGUGAAGGCUAUUACAUCAUCAUCCACAAUCACCCAAGAUUUUAAGAAAAUUGGACAAUUGGUCGAUGAAGACGAAGUAGUUCGCAAAAUUCCACAAGACAUAUCAACUAGGUGGAAUAGUACUUAUCUUAUAUUAUCAGUUUAUACGUCUAUGCCUACAACAAUAGCAGCAAUUAUGAGGCAUCACAAUAAUCUUGUUUAUUACAAGCUUACACUACAAGAAGAUUCUGAUCUUCAAGUUGUUACUCGAUUUUUACAACCAUUUUACGAAGUUACUAAUAUACUUUCUGGUAGCACAUAUGUAACAUUGGGACUUUCUAUUGUAUUAAUAGAUGAUAUUGUUGAUGUUAUUACAUCAUACAUACAAGAUUCCUCAAGCCCUUUAUUUCUUAAAACCGCUGCAACACAAAUGUUGGAAAAACUCAAUCAAUAUAUAGUUUAUAUAUAUGAUAAAGCAGCUUUUAUAGCUUCAGUUCUUGAUCCUCGAAUCAAACUUGAAUUAAUGCCAGUUAAUAUGAACACCCCUGAAAACCGUGACUUUUUUAAUCAUAUUUUUCAAGAUUAUUUGAUGCCUGAACUAAAUGCUAAUAUGGUUUCAAAUACUAAAAAAUUGUCGAAUUCGAUGACAUAUAUGGAACAAGUGGCUCAAAAACAACGGCGAGCUAAUGUUUUAAGUAGUUCAAGCCCAACGGAUGAACUUUCUCAAUAUUUAAGUAAAGCUACCUUACCAAUGAGCAUUAAUCCUUUGGAAUGGUGGAAACUCAAUAGUUUUCAUUUUCCGGGCAUGUCACAAAUGGCUAAAGACUUUCUCGCAAUCCAGGCUAUGUCAGUGCCUUUUGAACAAAUAUUUUCAAAAGCAGGCGAUACUGUUUGGGCUAAACGUGUACGUCUUUCUGAAAAAAGCGUAUAA